GUUCAGUUGGGUGUCCAAUGUGCGAGAGUGGUCUAUUGUCGAAUCAUAUUCGGUUAGGCGUCAAUGUUUGAGAAUGGUCUCUAACUAACAUUCAACUACAGUCUGUUGCCGGAAAGAAACACGUGUUGACAUGAGGUUCAAAAAACGCUACAUCUUGUAUGAGAUCGAGUCAUGCCACAAGUUCUGUUGCAACGAUAUAAUCACGGCCAUCAUGAAGGCUGUACAGACGGCUUAUGGAGACUACGGCAAGGCUGUCAUCCAGAAAGUACUUUAUGUCAAAUAUUUUGAUUGUAACACCAACACUAUAAUAAUAGUGGUGCCCAGGAAACACUGUCUUAUGGUGCAGUCUGCAGUCUGCUUCAUUAAACUCAUCAAAUGCAAGGAGGCAUCUAUGCGAACUCUUCAUGUUGGAGGGACGAUAAAAUCUACAAAGAAGAUCCUGCUUGCUCAGCGUUACCAAGAGUUGCCUCGUGCGUUUCUGGAAUGCAAGACCCAAGAAGAGAGAGAGAAAGUUCAGGCCUCGAUCUUUGACAGUUGUUCCGGAAAGCUCGAGUCCCAAAUAGAAGAAAACACCUUCAAGAUGCGAAGGAAUGUCGUGACAACAACAACAACAACAACGACGACAGCAACAACAACAACGACAACAACAACAACAACAUGAUUGUGUUAGGCUCAGCCUAGUGACGAGGAGUCUCUGCUACACACUUGAUUGACCUUUUAGAAAUAGAAGCCAGAUUUCUGCCAACACAAACAACCUGCUGACUUGAAAAUAUGGUGGUGGGGGGCAGGACACUAGACAGUGUGUCCUUAUAUGAUUGUAUAUGUUUAUUUGUUUGUGUGUGUGUUUUAAAAUUGUUAUAACUUUCGUUGUAUUGCGUGUACUGGGCGUCCACAAGGUCUGGGUCCAUGGAGUAAAUAAAAUCAUGACAGAAACAAUUAAAUAUAAGAAAUGAUAAUUUCUUAAAGCAUGUGGGGGUCCAUGGAGGAAAUAAAAUCAUAAUAUGUUGUUGUUGUUGGCACUCCGUCGCUUACGACGUCGAGGGUUCCAGUUGAUCCGAUCAACUGGAACCCUCGACGGAGUGCCAACAACAGAAUAUGUGGAGGUGCAAUGGCCCAGUGGUGAGGGCAGCGGACUCGCGGUUUCGAUCCCCAGACCAGAUGCUGUGAGUGUUUAUUGAGCAAAAACACCUAAAAAGCUCCAUGUUGGGAAAUGGCCAAAGAGAAUUUGUUUCAGAGUUCUGAUAUCAUUCAUACAUAAGAGAUACCUGACCAUAUAUAUACACACACACACUCACAUGAUAUAUAUAUAUAUAUA